CGCCCAACAAUCUCCAGACCUAGCCUAGCCCGGCUUGACCUAGGACGUAAAGGCCGCCACCAUGAGCCGAGUGGUGACCGUCGAGCAGCCCCCUCCUCAGCAUCCUCGGUUCCGGCAAAGGCUAGGGCGUGGAGGCACCGUAGCCAGCGGGCGACUGUAUGACUACCUGUACGAUCCAUUGUUUAUAGUAUCAAGUGCAAAGGACCAUGCACAGGCUAAUAUCCAAGCCACUGUGAUGAGAAACCAAUUGAAAAAAGUUCCCAGGUUUAGAACUAUGUUUAGUAACCUGCAGAAUUAUCCAAGAUACAUGAUGUUUUUGAACCCCUCACAUCCUAUCCCACUAUUUGUUGAUCAAGAAUGGCGAGGAUGGGCGGAGCAACGUAAAGAAGCUUUCUACAAACUUGCAGCCGCUGACCCUUCUUUUAAGAUGCCUAAAGAAGUUGAUGAAGAUCCUCAGGUUACUGGAAAGAAUCGCUACAAAUAUUUUGAAUGGCCUUUUCUUCCAUUUUACAAGCAGAUGCCACUCAAUGUUAUUCUUGCAACACAAAAGCAAGAUGCAUACAAUUAUGUUUCCGUGCCCAAAAAGCAGCCCAAAAUUGAUUUGGUACGUACUCAAGGCACACAGACAGAUUAUCGGGAUAGUGAAACCCAAACAGAUCCAUACACACCAGAAUAUGUAGUGUGCCAGGACACCAUCCCCGAGAUCUUGACCCUGGCUACUCUCACUUGGGGUCGGGGACUUCCAGCAGGACUAGCCGAAGUAGAGAUGAUUGAACGUGCCAGAGAGAAACGUGCUUGGGAAGCCACCCUUCCACCUCUGAGUAAUGGCGCAUUAUUCAAUAAAAGGAGGAAAAUGAUGAAUGACAUGGAAAGGAAGGAGUGGGCCUUUAGAGAACAUGAAAUUGAAAAACUGCAGGAACUUCAACUAGAGGUCCUCAAACAGCUAUUGAAGAAGCGUGAAGAUGAUCAAAAUGAGGUGAACAUAAAUCGUUUAAAUGCCCAGUGGUCUAAACUUCAGGAAGAAAAGGAAGACAAAUUGUCAAAAAUUAGACACACACAUGUAUCAGCAAUCAGAAAAAUGAUGAUGAAGGGAAGAAAUGUAGAGGGGAAAUUUGAGAGAAGAAACAUCAUUAAUGAAUAUAAUGACUAUGCAUCUCAAGUCUAUGGACCUCUUUCUCGAUUGGGUCGCUUUCCAGACAGUAAUUCAGAACGUUUUGUUGUCAAAAACCGUUUUCUUAACACCUAUGAGGGAUUACUUGAACUUGAGGCCUCCCUCCCAGAUUUUGUAACACAGCCUCGGAUCAGAGCUCCAAAACCUAAAGUGAUCACCACAAAGAAUAAAUUUCUUAAAAGGUCAGCAAGAAUGGAUCUUGAGUUAGCUGAGGUUCACCAGGCACUUCUGGAUAAGAAGAGGAGAGGUCCUGAGCCAAAGAAAAAACUCUUCUUCCUUCAGAAAAAAGUAAUACCAUCACCUCGACUUUCAACACCAGCCUUGGAAAUGUGUUCUUCUGAAGAAGAGGAGAUUGAAAUGGCUGUGGUCUACUUACAAAAGUUACUUCGUGGCCGAGUCAUCCAGAACAUGAUGUUUGAAGGAAAAGAAAAGCGCUUAGAGUUGAUCAAUGAACUGCGGACCAGCCAUUGGCUUCAGGAAGAUGGCAGACUGGUGAAGAAAAUGGAGAAGCAAGUGACGCUGGCCCUGCAGCGGCAGCGCAACUUGCACGAGGAGAAGAUGGCAAUGAUUGAAAAUCACUUGGGUGGCCUGGAAGGAAGGGUCUUAACAGAGAUGUUUGACUUCCUCUCCAAAGAACUCAUCCGACUACAAGAGGAAAGGAGGAUCCAUGCCUUCGCCAUGCUGGCGGAGAGGCAGCGUCGGAUUCGAGAGGCAGAGGAGAGUGGCCGUCGCCAGGUGGAGCAGAGGCGUCAGCGUGAAGAGGAUGAGAUAUUUAAGGAGGUGAUUAAAAUUCACCAGAGUACCGUUACCUCCUAUCUGGAAGACAUCAUACUAAAUACAGAGGAAAGCACAGCAGAAGAACAAGCCCGGGAAGAAAUUCAGAAGAUGGCUAAGGAAAUCAAUGACCUCGCUUACGAAAUAGAAGAUCGUCGAACUCGUCUUCAGUCAGAAGAGAUUGUUGCGGAGCUGGUUUACAGUUUCCUGAUUCCAGAAGUGCAGAAGACGUUUGUGAAGGAGAAAGUGAGGAAUUUACAAAGGAAGCACAUUCUUGCAGCUCACCAGAUCAUCCACCAGAGUGCUGAAAAAGUCAUCAAUCAAACUGAGGAAACCCCGCAGCCCAGGCAGAGACCAGUCACGGAGAUUGACAAGAUGUUUGCCCGAUUAAAAGCCAAAAAAGACGAAAAGUCUGACUGAGGUCACAAAUGUUGUACAGAAGAUGUACCUAUCGGCAAGAAGAAUUCCAGCCAUCUUUGCUUCUUCCAGGUUUUGUGAUACGUGUCAGAUUUUGUCAGUAUGUGGUUCUUGAGGAAAAGAAGAAUGAUUUAGGGAGACUUUUAUCUUUAUUAAACAUACAAUAAUUUCAAAUGAUUUUUAGUAAUAAAGAUUAAAUGUAGGAA